CCCAUCCCUAGUGACAAUUAUGAAUCACUUAAUAUGAUAAGGAGAUUCUGCAGGUCAUUAAUCAAUGUAUAAAACUAAAAUAAAAUGUAUUUUUUGUGACACAGGAUACAAACAUGGAAGCAAGAUGUAUAAUUAGAAUUAUUUAUAAUAAAUAUGAAUAAAUCAUUGCCAUUUCUUUAACCAUAAAGAAAAACUAAAUCCUCCAGGACAAUGUUACAUCCAUCUAACAGAGCCUCCACAUGUUCUCACUGUAAUUUCCCCCUCAUGAGUGAAUUUAUGCUGCACUAAUUUGAAUGUUCGGGGGAAAAUCAAAUUCAUUUCACUCGCAGUACUCAAGCUGACUUACCUUUGUUUGAAUGACGACUUGUACACGCUGACUCCACAGACAAGGUAGGAAAUAUGUCAGGCUAUGUCAAUAGCGGUUGGUCUUCAGGGUUUCUACUCCACGGCCGUAUUUCAUACUGGUCCACAUUUUCUGCAAGUACUGCCGCUUCACCUCUGGACGCAAUUGGUCUCUAUAUAGUUGAUUCUCUUUCUUGUAUUCGUCGUUCCAACACAGUGUGUUUGUUUUGAUUGUGGACCCGGAAAAUGGCGCCGCGCUCCCACAAUGCAUUGCGGCAUCAACUCCAAAGGCCUAUAGUUCCAAGAAGAUGGAGAAAAUGCCAGGUCAGCUGAGGAGAUAUAUGGUCUCCUCAGCUGAACUGGAAAAAAUGUUCAUGCAUUUGUGUCAUCGCGUUUAGAUUAUUGUAAUGCCCUGUUUACCAGCUUGGACAAAUCAUCUCUCUCGCCUCCAAGCCAUACAAAAUGCACCGGCAAGGCUACUAACAUGUUCUAGCAAUCAGAGAUGUUUUUUCAUUCAUAUAGCACUAUUGUAAUCAUACUGACCACUAUAAACUUCAAGCACUUUAUCUACCUCUAAUUCAUAGUAUAUUUAAAAUCACAAGUUAACCCAAUAGGCAUGGCUUUGCAUAGUGAAAAGAAGCCAAAGCAUCUGGAGCUAACCCAGUUUUCAUCAUGACCUUACAGGGGGAAUAUCCAGUCAGAGGAAAGAUCUUGCUCUCGUCCAGUGACCUCCAGCUGGUGCUACAAGUGGAACAUAAUCAUGAGCUUUUGGGUCAAGACUUUACAGAGACAUACUACACAGAGGAUGGGAAACCUGUUACUCUUACUAAUCACAAUUACACUGAUCAUUGCUUUUACCAUGGCCAUGUAAGAAAACAUCCAGAUUCCUGGGUUGCACUCCGCACAUGCUCAGGAUUCAGAGGGCUGAUAUCACUGAAUUCUAGUGACACCUACUACCUGGAGCCAAUCAGCAGUGUAGAUCCAGUCUACCACUCACUGUUGAGUACCAUGAAGCUGCCAAUUAAGGGUGGAAGCUGCUACCACACGCAUCACACCACACAGCCCAACCUUAUCUCUAAUCUGCUCUCAUCAUUUCAUUCAAGGGUUAAAAGGAAUACCUUGGGUACGACUAAGUACAUCGAACUGUACAUUGUGGCGGAUAAUACAUUGUUUCAACGGCAGAAUCAAGAUUAUGAAAAGACUAAGGCGAGGAUAAUGGAAAUUGCUAAUUAUGUGGAUAAGUUCUACAGGGCUCUGAACAUCCGUGUGCCUCUCAUUGGUCUGGAGGUUUGGACUGAAAGAGAUCAGUGCAUCAUCACCGAGGAGCCAAAUGCAACCCUUUGGUCCUUCCUCCAAUGGAGACAGAAGCUAAAAUCACGCAAGAAGCAUGACAAUGCCCAGUUGCUUACGGGUGUGACAUUCAAGGGGACAACUAUCGGCAUGGCACCACUGGAGGGGAUGUGCAGCCUGGAAAACUCUGGAGGCAUCAAUGUGGACCACUCAGAGCUGUCCAUUGGUGCUGCAGCCACCAUGGCCCACGAGAUUGGCCACAACUUUGGGAUGAGCCAUGACCAUGACAGCUGCUGUGUGGAGGCCACUGCCGAUCAAGGAGGCUGUGUGAUGGCCGCUGCCACCGGGCACCCAUUCCCUCGAGUCUUCAGUUACUGCAGCAAACGCGAUUUGGACCGCUAUUUCCAGAAGGGAGGGGGCAUGUGCUUAUAUAACAUUCCCAACAUGAACAAUCUGGUGGGGGGCAAGAAGUGUGGCAACGGCUUUGUGGAGGACGGAGAAGAGUGUGAUUGUGGAGAACCAGAUUUGAAGCAGGCGGGUACCAUGUGCCGGCGCCCAGCAGGAGCAUGUGACCUUCCAGAAUACUGCACUGGGGCUUCUCCUUACUGCCCUGCCAACGUUUACCUGCUGGAUGGCUCCUCUUGUCAAUACGGAAUGGCCUACUGCUACAAUGGCAUGUGCCUCACUCAUGAACAGCAGUGCUUGCAGCUCUGGGGCUACGGAGCUCAACCGGCCCAUGAUGUCUGCUUUGAAGAUGUCAAUGCAGCAGGAAAUGAUUUUGGAAAUUGUGGGAAAGAUGAAUAUGGCACCUAUGUGAAGUGUAAGAAAAGCGAUGCCAAGUGUGGGAAGAUUCAGUGCCACAGUGCUGCCACAAAGCCAAAAGGCACCAAUGCUGUGUCAAUUGACACUACCAUCAAGACUGGAGGAACAGAGGUGAAAUGUCGUGGCACAUACGUCUACAGCACCCAGGAUGGCCAGGGUGACCUGCCUGACCCGGGUCUUGUCAUGACCGGCACCAAGUGCGGAGAGGGCAAGGUGUGCAGAGACCGCAGAUGCCAAAAUGCCUCUUUUACUGAGUUAGAGACUUGCCUUGCACGCUGUCACAACAAUGGGGUGUGUAACAGCAAUGGGAACUGCCACUGUAAUCAAGGCUGGGCACCACCCUUCUGUGAGAAGCCAGGACUUGGUGGCAGUGUGGACAGUGGGCCGGUUCAGUAUGGCAGUGAGUAUACAACAUAA